AUGAGAGAGAGCGCAGGUGGAAGCCUCCCAGACAAUGGACUUUCUCAAUCUUCAUACAACCUGUGUCCGUACUCGGUGAAGCGGAAUGUGUCCAAGACUGUGUCCUACGUAAAAUCAUUCACCACACAUGAACCCUGUGGCGGCUCGCAGCCAUGGAAGGUUUGCCCGAAACAGAUCUUUAAAACACUGUAUCGUACCACCAUUGUGGAAACAACUGAAACUCGGAUUGGCUGCUGCCAGGGAUUUGAGCAACAGGGGCAUUAUUGUGUGCUACCUCCAAAUGCGACCGAGGAGUUUGCUUCACAUCCGGGAACAUGCCCCACCAAACAGAACACUACAGGGAACCACACUUGUAGAUGGGACACUGACUGUCCAGGGCUGCAGAAAUGCUGCGUCAUCAACGGAGAAUCCGUGUGCGCCUCACCAAUUCCAGCAGUGGAUGAAGGAUACUUCAAUUUGUUGAUUGAAGUGAAAAAGGACUUCGAGCAGGCUGAGUGGGAUCUGAUGAAUCAUUUGAGAUUUUUGCAUUCAGUGGUGACCGGUGCUCUCCAUUCCAUGAACUGUUCAAUCUAUCACCUCCACACCCAGCCAGAUGGAGGGAGCAAGAUCCUGUCAAAGCUCCUACUGGGCACCAGUCCUCCGGCAACAUUGGGGAACGUGUCUAAAGAGUUACAGAAGGUUUUGAUAAACAUUGAUGAAAUUUGUCACUUGGAAACCAAAGAUAUCAAUGAAUGUGAGCACGAGGAGCUGAAUUCCUGUUCUCUAAGGGCCGCCUGUUCAAACACAGAUGGGUCUCACAACUGCAAAUGUCAGAGUGGCUUCACUGACAGAGAUCCUUCUGGACAAGGCAGAGACUGUAGAGAAGUGACCACAGCAGUUCUGAUUCCUGAAUCCAUGUCAAGUACUGCAGCUCCGAUCGUAAUGGAUCCAGAAAGGUCAACCCAUAACACCCCAUCGACUGAAUCUCCAUCGUGUUCUCCUGAUCCAGUUACAAACCUGACCAUCGUCAAUGUCACCGGCGUCAGCUUCACAGUCAUUUGGGCACGAGAUACUAGCAAGAACCGAACAGUCACAGUGCGGGUGCUGAGGGAGGACAGCAUGGUGAUCGAAACAGAGACACAAGAAAUGAAUUGGACAGUGCCGGGUUUGGAGCCUGCGGUCUUAUACACCGUGGAAAUCUACUGGCAAUCUUGUGGAAACAGCCUUACCAAAGAGAUUAAAGUAAAAACAGCUGCACUGUUAUUGAAUGGCCAGGUGAGAAUCCAGAACCACAAUUUCAGCGAAGCUCUCAGCAACACCAGCAGCGGCCAGUUUAGGACGUUCCUACAGCUGUGGCAUCAAGAGAUUGAACGAUCCCUUCCGCCAACAAUUCGUCAAUGGUACAAAAGUAGGAAAAUUCUGGCCCGUGUCAAGUCUCUCAGCAAUGGGAGUAUUGUGGUGAACUUUGAAAUCGUUAUUGAUCCAGGAAUUCAGCUGAAUAUUUGGAAUGCAUCCUCUGCUUUGAUCUCCUCUCUUUACAACAGCUCUGUCUUUGAAUUCAAUCACAAUAACACCUCCAUUUCAGAUGUUAAUGAAUGCACCUCUCCUAUUUACAAUGACUGCUCGCCUCAUGCAAUGUGCAAGAACAAUGUGGGAUCCUAUACGUGUAUCUGCAGCGCAAGUUACAGAGAUAUGGACCCAGCCUGGCCUGGUCGAUUCUGUGAAGAAAGUACUACCACUGUGCUAACUCCUACAAGUGCUGAGGAACAAUCUUCUACUGUAUUUCCCUCUGCAAUGGUCACCUACGUGAAUGGCCUUGAAUUUCCAGCCAGUUUUCCGUAUUCAGAAACUUCUCACUGUGGUCCUUACCCAGCUGUCAAUUUGACCAUUUCCAAUGUUACCAGCAGAGGCUUUCAAGGGACCUGGAGCACAGAUACUGCGAAGGAGCAGGUAUAUAUUGUUCAGGUGUUAAAAGGCAAGAAUGUAGUGAAUGAGACUGAGACACAAGAAAUGGAAUGGAGCACUUUGGGACUGGAACCCAGCACUGAGUACAUCAUUAGCGUCGUGUCCAGAGGCUGUGGACAAGAAAGCACACCCAAUGAGCUGAAAGUAAUUACAGCCCCUUCUCCAGUAAGUAACCUGACUGUCUCUGAGGUCACUGGCACCAGUCUCCUGGUGACUUGGGCGACGGAGGUCUCCUACGGGCAGACGUUUAUUGUGCAACUCCUGAGAAAUGACAGCAUUGUGAGCAAGGCAGAGACCUCGGAAAUGGAGUGGAGCGUGUCAGGGCUGGAGCCAGAGACUGAGUACACCUUGAGCAUUGUGUGCAGAGCCCAUGAAGAAGACAGCACUGCCACGAAGCUCAGAGUGAAAACAGGUACCAUCGUUAAUGGACCAGCUUCUAUAGAGAGUUCAAUUCAUUCCAGCAUUGGAGUUAUUUCUACAGUAGCCAUCUAUCUGAACAACUCUACGUUCUCACCUGGCUUUCCCUAUUCGGACAUUCCUCCAUGCUAUCCUACACCGGUGAUAAACUUAACUGUUUCCAAUGUGACCACUGGCAGUUUCCACCUGACAUGGACGACAGACACUUACGAAGAUCAGACAUUUCAUAUUCAGGUGUUGAAGAAUGAGAGCAUUGUAAAGAAAAUGGAGACUAUGGAUUUGGAAUGGACAGUGUUGGGUUUGGAGCCUGAGACCGAGUACACUGUAGGCGUAGCUUCCCGAGCCUGCGAAGAGGAGAGUGCUGCCACAGAAGUGACAGUAAAAACAGAGGCCCUCUUGGAUGCUCUCAGCUACACAUCUAGUUCACAACAGACUAGUACUUCUGUUGUAUCUACAAUGACUAUCUAUCCAAACACCUCUGGAUUCCCCCUGGGCUUUGCAUAUGCAGAAGAUCCCCCAUGCUCUACUCCAUCGCCCAUUAUAAACUUGACAGUUUUUAAUGUCACCACAAAGAGCUUUCACAUUACCUGGACAACAGACAACUACGAAGAGCAGAUAUUUAUUGUCCAGUUGUUAAAGGAUGACGGUGUUGUGAAGGAAAUAGAAACUCUGGAGCUGGGUUUAACAAUAUCAGAGCUGGAACCUGGAACUGAAUACACUGUGAGCAUUGCCUCGAGGUCUUGUGAGCAAGAUGGCAUUGCCUCUGAACUGAACGUAAAAACAGCAGAAACCACAAACGUCAGAUCAAAACGGUCUUCCGUGGAUUUUGUCUCUUCAAUGACUGUCUAUUUGAAUAGGCCGGGAUUUGCAGCGGACUUUCCAUAUCCGGACAUGCCUUUAUGCUCUCCAUCUGCGGUCACCAAAUUGGCUGUGUCCAGCAUCACCAGUGGUGGCUUUCGAGUCACUUGGACAACGGACACAAGUGAAGAGCAGGCGUAUGUGGUGCAGGUGUGGAAGGGUAAUAUCAUUGUGCGUGAGACAGAGACACAGGAACUGGAGUGGACCGCAUCAGGACUAGAGUCUGGGACUGAGUACAUCGUAACUGUGGUGUCCAGAGUGUGUGAGCAAGAGAGCAUUACUGCAGAGAUGAAUGUGAGAACAGCUCUUAGUUCAACCAAGACUGUGACAGGAAUGUCUUUAUCUGAUGACUUGGAUAUGUUCAUGUCCAGCACUGUGCAAACAUUUACUUCACCUUCCACACAAAGACCUCCAACUUGUGUUCCUUCAUUGAUCAAAAGCGUCAUUGUUCUUAAUGUCACGAGCAACAGUCUAAAGGUCAUUUGGGAAGCCGAUGCUGCAAUCGAUCAAGAGUUUCUUGUACAACUGUGGAAGGAUGAGCAGCUAGUGGUUGAAGCAAAAACCAAGGAACAAAGCUGGACUGUGUCAGACUUGGAGGCAGGAAUGCUGUACACUGUGAGGGUUGUCUCUUGGCUCUGUGGGACAGAGGGCAAAGCCAAAGUACAAGAAAUCAAAACAGCUGCACAUGUCUUGGAAGGAAGAGCAAAAAUAAUAAACUUACUAUUCAACGAAGGAUUGAGAAACAGCAGCAGUGACCAGUUCAAGGCCUUUACGGAGCAAUUCAUUGCACAGAUCUUGAAAUCUUUGCCCAAAUACACUGCCAACCUUUUAACUUCUGAAAAAUUGAAGAUUGUGAUUAAAUCUCUUCAAGAAGGAAGUGUGAAUGUAGCGUUUCAAGUUGUCCUUGAUGAAGAGCUGGCAGCAAAUAUUUCCAAAAUUGUCUCGGAACUUGUGGCUUCGUUAGAGGAUGACACAGACUUUAUUUUUGACCCUGACGGCACAGGGAUUUCAGAUUACAAUGAAUGUGCCUCACUGGAAGACAACGACUGUUCAUUCAAUGCCAAGUGUAUCAACACGGAGGGGUCCUACACUUGUAGUUGCUCUGAUGGUUUUGUGGAUGCCAAUCCUGCUCACCCUGGUAGAAUCUGUGGAGAACCCAUCGUGGCCAGCCCCGUCAUUACUGUAGCAGCUGCUGAAUCAAUCCUGGUAGACUGUAACCUCCAUGAGAUCUCUGUCACAAUGGAGCGAUCAUUUUUGGAAGCAAGGCACAUACCGGUCUCGUCACUCUACCUGGGCAACACACACUGCAAUGGGAGCUUUGGAAACUUGACCCACGUUGCCCUGAAGGUCGGAUGGACUGAGUGUGGAACUCAAAUUUCAAAUAAUGACACUCACACAGUGGUGAAAACGACACUACAGAACAUUGUUUCCUCAAGUACAGUCUCUGCUGGUGAUAAUCUUGCGGUCCCUGUAAAUUGCACGUUUGACAACAGCCUCUUGCUUCCUGAUGGCUAUGCUCCAAAUGGGAGAAAUAGCAUAAGCCUGGAAGGAACUGGAAACUACACAGCCAGCAUUGAAACCUUCAAUGGAAACCAAACAUUAUUGGAGAACCCUCUUCUAGAUCCUGAUGAUGAAGUGUCCAUACAAAUUUCGAUUGAUACAUCAGACAACAGAGCCAAGUUGGUCCUCGCGGAGUGCUGGGCAACGCUAAGCAACAAUGCAACUAGCGACUCUUUGCACAGUAUUAUCAAAAACGGAUGCCCAGUUCCAGGAUCACAGAUAAAAAUGUCUGAAAACGGAAACUCCACUAGUGCAAAUUUUACUCUGAAAGUAUUUUCAUUCAUUAGCAUGCCUUUUGUCUAUAUACACUGCCAUACUCAAGUCUGCUUGGAAGCAAAUGGAUCUAUUUGCCGGCCGUCAUGCACCGGCUCUCAUUUGAUCAAGGAUGCUGAAGUUGUUGCAAAGAGGACUGUGUCACUUGGGCCCCUGCAUCGCAGAUAUAGCAAUGAAGGUAGGCCCGUGGUGGAAUUGGAUGAAAAUAUCAUGGCACUGAAGGCAGUGGUGGGCCUCGGAAUUCUCCUCUGCCUGACGCUUGUGGUGAUAUCUGCGGUUCUGAUGACUGUGUACACCCGAUGGGGCCGCAGCCUCUCUGCUCAGCCCACUGGCCCGGACUACCAGCCUUUCGACAACUACUGAUGAAGUAGGAAC